AUGAGAGCUGUACGCUUCCAUGGACGAGGUGAUAUCCGCGUUGAUGAGAUCGAAGAGCCAGUUUGUGGUAAUGGUCAGGUCAAGAUUCGACCUGCCUUUGUCGGAAUAUGUGGCAGCGACAUCCACGAGUAUCUUGCUGGCCCAACGAUCGUCCCUGCCACCCCGCACCCAUUGACAGACCAAAAGCUACCAACAACACUGGGCCAUGAGUUCAGUGGUACAAUUGAAGAAGUCGGUUCAGGCGUUACAGGGUUGAAGGUCGGGGAUCGGGUUGCAGUGAAGCCUAACCUCUACGACUCCACAUGCUCGAACUGUACAGUGGGCAGGUUCAAUUGUUGUGAGAAAGUGGGAUUUAUCGGGUUCAGCACUACACAAGGUCAGUCAGGUGGUCUAUCGGACCACACAGUCGUGGACAGCAGACAUGCACUUCUGCUACCUGACUCCAUUCCCCUCGACGUUGGUGCGCUGACGGGGUGUGGUGGUGAUACAGCAUUGGUGGAGCCUCUUGCCGUCGCAUGGCAUGCCGUAAGCCGCAGUCCUCUGCAGCUAGGCGACACGGUACUUGUGGUUGGGGCUGGACCAAUCAGUUUGGCUAUCAUCCAAGUACUGAGAGCCAAAGGUAUUACCUCAAUCAUUGCCGCGGAGGUCUCUCCGCGGCGACGUGAAUUUGCCCUGGCCCUGGGCGCCAGUGAGGUCUUUAAUCCUAUUGAAGUGGAUGUGGUUGCACAGGUACUUGCCUUGACAGACAACGUAGGUGCAGCUAUUUCAUUCGAGUGUUCCGGGGUUCAGGCUGGGCUCAAUACUGCGAUCGCUGGUCUCCGGGCGCGUGGCACGACGAUCGUCGUUUCCUUGUGGGAAAAGAAGCCUACUAUUGAUGCUUCUGCCUUCGUAUUCCAGGAGAAGCAUGUCACAGGAGCUGCUCUUUAUGAUGAUGGAGACUUUGAAGCUGUGAUUGCUCAGAUUGCUUCCGGCGGCAUUCAGCCUCACUCGAUGAUCACUAGUAAGAUCCGAAUGGAGGAUAUUGAUGAGAAGGGAUUCAAAGCCCUCAUCGAGGAGAAAGAUAAGCAUGUGAAGAUCCUGGUCGACAUUUCUGCAUGA